AUGGAGGCCAAGGAGCAAGUGCAGGGGUCCAGAGUGGCGGGGGUCCAGAAUAACACAAGUUAUGCCUCUAGGUAUUCUUGGAUUGUGUAUAUCAACCAGUAUCUGUUUUCCAGUAUAGGGAAUGGAAAGACGACCAUCAAUGUCCUUGGAGUAGGAAGUGGAUCAGGUGAAAUAGACCUAAAAAUCUUCUCCAAAAUACAAGCUCGAUAUCCUGGAGUCCCCAUCCAUACUGAUAUUGUUGAGCCAAGCCCAGAGCAGAUCCUCAGCUACAAGGAGCGCGUGGCCAAGACCCCGGGACUUGAAAAUGUUCAUUUUAACUGGAUCAACAAAACAGCUUUUGAGUUUGAGGUUCAAGUGAAGGAAGAGAAGUCAGAAAGAAAGUAUGAUUUCAUCCAUAUGAUAGAGAUGCUGUACUUCGUAGAAGAUGUGCCAGCAACACUGACCUUCUUCAGGAGCCUAUUGACAUUGAUUGGAAAACUCCUUAUAAUACUUGUAUCCGGAAAUAGCGGAUCUUCUAUUAUAUGGAAGAAGUACGGACCAGAAAAGGACCAGUGCAUCUCAGCGGACGACAUUGCAGACGUGCUGAGAUCAGAGGGCACAAAGUAUCAGAGUUAUGAGCUGCCAUCUUAUAUUAACAUCACAGAAUGCUUUAUCAAUGGGAACAGGAACGGGGACUUCAUGUUGGAUUUUCUCACGUUGACGUGUGAUUUUAACAAAAAAUGGAAAGAUCAUUUUAAAUGGUAAUCUUAGUGCUAUAGUGGUGGGGAGUGGAUAGAUAUGAGGAACAAUGGGCGCUGUAAACGGACCGUUUCAGCAGACAAGGGGUUAAAAUCCGUUUAGGCGAUAUGCCCCUUUCUGAGAGACAGGCACAGCUACUGCAGA